AUGCCAUGUUUGGAGAAUUGCACCGGCACAGAAUUCGUGCUCCUGGGCCUGCUGCAGUACAGCCCCGCCCACUUCUGUCUCCUUGCCCUCAUCACUGUGAUGUUCUUUGUCACACUGACUGGAAACAGCCUCCUGAUUCUGCUGAUCCUGGUGGACCCGCAGCUCCACACCCCCAUGUACCUGUUCUAUUGGCAGCUCUCUCUCAUCGACAUCCUCUUCACACUCGCCAUCAUCCCCAAGACGGUGUCUGACUACCUGCUGCACAGGAUGCUCAUUUCUGCUGCUGGCUGUGGCACGCAAAUCUUCCUAGGGUUGGCGUUAGGUGGAACUGAGUGUCUCCUCUUGGGCCUCAUGGCCUACGACCGAUACGUUGCCAUCUGCAAGCCUCUUCACUACCCGCUCCUCAUGAACUGGGCCCUCUGCAGGCAGGUGACAGCCAGCUCAUGGGCGAGUGGAGCUGUCAAUGCCUUGAUUCACACCGUUUACACCGUGAGACUCCCCUUCUGUGGGCCCAGAGAGAUCCAUCAUUUCUACUGCGAACUUCCUGGUGUCCUGCGUCUCUCCUGUGAGGACACCUCUGCCUAUGAGAUGGGUGUGUUGAUCAGCACCACGGUUCUGCUCCUUAUCCCUUUCUCAGCCAUCCUCGCCUCCUACUCACUCAUCCUGAUCACCAUCAUCCAAAUGACUUCUGCCGAGGGCCGGAAGAAAGCUUUCUCCACCUGCUCGUCCCACUUGAUGGUAGUCAGCCUGUAUUACAGUGCCAUCAUUUUCAUGUAUAUGAGGCCAAUCUCUUCCCACACUUCAGGCCAAGACAAGGUAGCAUCUGUCUUCUACACCAUUCUGACUCCCAUGCUCAAUCCCAUGAUCUACAGUCUUCGAAACAGGGAUGUGAUGGGGGCCCUGGGAAGAAUCCUAGGGGAGUGCUUGUCAUGUAUGAAAGCGCAGAUGUGA